AUGGCCAAGGACAAGAAUAAGUACGUCGAUCCAGCCACCUAUCCCAGCCUUUCCGACCACGAAAUCUCCACUGUCCGGAAAAUCUACUCCUUCACAGAGACGUACUUCCAGAAUCCACGCUUCGACGCAUCCCAUGACUUUCAACACGUGCGGAGAGUCCUUGGUAAUGCUCUAACAAUCCUUGAAAAGGAGGAAGAGGAACGGAAACAGAAGGCUUUGCCCGCGUUGAACCCGUUGAGUGUGAUUUUAGGCGCGUUGCUGCAUGAUGUCGAGGACAAGAAGUAUGUCGAUGUGACGACAGACGGACAGAAGAUGACCUUGCAAAAGGCGGUGAUUGAGGCCGGUAUGUCGCAAAGCUAUGCUGAGCAUGUACAACUGUUGGUCGAGGGUGUAUCGUAUUCCUCCGAAAUCAAGAAUCCUCAGCACGUCAAGGACCUUAUUGACAUCAUACCGGAGCUGGGUAUUGUUCAAGAUGCUGAUCGACUGGACGCCAUCGGAGCCAUUGGAAUUGCUCGAUGUUUCACCUUUGGAGGAGCAAAGGGUGCCAGGAGUCUUCAGGACUCGAUUCAGCACUUUGAGGACAAGUUGCUGAAGCUGGAGGGGAUGAUGAAAACUGAGGCUGGAAAGGCAAUGGCUAAGGAGAGAUCGGACAGGAUUCGGGAGUUCAUGAAGUGGUGGAAGGAUGAGGCUGGUCCGACUGUUGCAUCGAAUUGA